GGGCGCAUCUGCAGGCUGCAGGAGCAGACCGAUAUGAGUUUACACGGAUACAUAUAAACUUAGCUUUUCCUCUCUGCUGAUCGGAUAUCCUUCAAAUGGAGAUGAAGGAUAUUUAAGUUAAAGACAAGUAACGACCCCGGGCUCAUUUAUAAAACUCGCUUUGUCACGUUGAGUCUCCUUAAAUUUAAUUCAUGAUGGGAUUACGCAUAUUUGGCACGCCACUUUACGCGUAUGCGUGCGUCUAUUUGUGUGUUUUCAUCCUGCAAACUGCCCAAUCUCAGAGGAAUCCGGGGAAUCCACAAGGAAAUAACCAGAGAGCUGCUCUCCGUCAGACACUGCAAUGGUCACACAACGGCAAGAUUUUUAGCAUUUUAAGUCAGGGCUCGGAGUAUCAGCCACCGCGGCGGAGGGGCGCACCUCAGGAGCAAGUGCAGGCGCGACCUGUCACCAUCAUCCGCGAUGCAGACGCAAGACAUCCAGAUACCUCGAGCCAGCCGCCGAUACAGCAGCGGCAGCAGCCUCCCCGGCCGGCGUCAAGCCCUCUCCCCCCUGCACUCCAAAGGCUCUUGAGAGGGCACGAGAACCGCCACCAUCACCAUGACCACCCCGGUGAGCGCACGGAGACACAAAGGAGCAGCAGAGCCAAUGAGACCCAGGAAAAGGUCACGGUCAGUCCGUCUCUGCCCAGGAGAGAAGACAUGAUGGUCGGCGAUGACCCCUACGACCCCUACAAGUCCAUUGACAGCGAUAAUCCAUAUUACAAUCAUUAUGAUGUGUACGAGAGACCUAGGCCGAGACAGAGACCCGGAUAUGGCACACGUUAUCACCAGUAUGGCCUUCCUGAUCUCGUACCUGACCCGUACUACAUCCAAGCCUCCGCUUACGCCCAGAGAGUCCCAAUGUACAACCUGAGAUGUGCAGCAGAGGAAAACUGUUUGUCAAGCUCAGCCUAUAGAGCCAACAUUAGAGACUACGACACCCGCAUGCUGCUGAGGUUCCCACAGAGAGUCAAGAACCAGGGGACAGCAGACUUCCUUCCCAGCAGGCCACGCUACUCCUGGGAGUGGCACAGCUGUCACCAGCACUUCCACAGCAUGGAUGAGUUUAGCCACUACGAUCUGCUGGAUGCCAGUACUCAACACUCGGUGGCUGAGGGCCACAAGGCCAGCUUCUGCCUGGAGGACACGUCCUGUGACUACGGCUACUACAGGCGUUAUGCCUGCACUGCACAUACCCAGGGUCUAAGCCCAGGAUGUUAUGAUACCUACAACGCAGACAUUGACUGCCAGUGGAUUGACAUCACAGAUGUGAAACCUGGGAACUAUAUCCUCAAGAUCAGUGUAAAUCCAUCCUAUCAUGUCCCAGAGUCAGACUACAGCAACAACAUAGUGCGCUGUGACGUUCGCUACACUGGCAACUAUGCCUACGUGUCAGGUUGUCACAUGUCAGGCUAUUAAGAGAAGACAGUCAUUAACAGCAACUCAGCAAAGACAAUCUGUAAAUGACAAUGAAGAGGACUGCAUAUGAAAACAUAUAACACAUCAUGAGAUCUAUUUUAAAUUGUUAGAAAUACAUUUUAUAAAUUAAAAUAUCCCAAUUUAGAAAAAAGUAGGAAUAAUCUGACGUCAUAGCAUGUGAUGUGAACUAGUUUUUCUUUAGUGCCAGAUAAUGUUGAAUUCUUCUUUAUUUGUGUGACAAUGUUCUUUUUUCUUCUCACAGACUGCAAGCGUGGCUGUAGACUCUUAGUCUUGUUUUCUUGCAACUCAUUCAUUCAUAAACAUAUUCUUCUCACGUUUCCUUUUGUUUGUUUUCUGCUUUAGAGCAUUUUAUCUACUGUAUGCUUGUGGUUUCAUAUCACUUGUCUGAUAGAAUAGAAUAAAAGCCACAAAAGUUGUCGAAGACUAGCAAAAAACAAAUAAAAAAGUAAACCUGCUUGCCCUUAUUGUUAAAUCAAUAUCAGUUGCAAUAUUACAAUUUUAAAGUGAACCAGCUGUUUAAAGGAAAAAUGUAUUUGUUAUAUUUAUGUGCAAGGAAAGGAACUAUCUUUACUCCAAAGCUUUUGAUGAAUCUUACUUGAAUAAAACUUUGUGAUACUUUA